AUGUCUUUUGAACCAUUCAAGCAUCCCGUUUUCGAUAAGAUCAAAUCCAAGAGAUUCAUCUUAGCUUCAACUUCACCAAGAAGAAUUGAAAUUUUGACUCAAAUGGGAUUUGAAAAUAUCGAAAUUUAUCCAUCAAAUUUUCCAGAAGAUUUGAAGAAAGAAGAUUAUACACCAAGUGAUCAAUUGGGAAAGGUCAAGCUGUCAAAAGGUGAACAUAAAAACACUAUAAUUUUAGCUGCAGAUACAGUAGUUGAAAUUGAUGGAAGAAUUUUUGAAAAGCCAAAAGAUAAACAAGACCAAUUAACAAAUUUGACCUAUUAUAGAGAUAGUAAAAAAAUUCAACAUGUUUUAAGUGGUGUUGUUGUUAUAAAUGAUGGUGAACAAUUCUCUUUUGUUGAAAGUACGUCAUUACAUUUCGAUCAUGAUGCUUCAGAUGAAAUUCUUAAAGCUUAUGUUGAUACAAAUGAAGGCCUUGGUGUUGCUGCGGGCUAUAGAGUUCAAUUAAGAGGUUCUUUAUUGAUGAAGAAAAUUGAUGGUGAUUACUAUAAUGCUGUUGGAUUACCAUUUAGAAAUACUUUUAAACUUAUUGAGAAAGCUCUUGGUUGA